AUGGAGGGAGAAGAAGAGAAAGAGAAGGAAAAGAAUGAAAGAACAGAGGAAGAAAGAAAAAGAGAAGAAGAAGAGGAGACAGAAAGAGAAGAGAAAGAAAGGAAGAAAAAGGGAAAUGAGAAUAAAAAGAAGAAGAUGAGAGAGAAAGAGAGAAAAGAGAGGAGAACGGAAAAAGGAAUGAGGAGAAAGAGGAGAAUGAGAGAGAAAGAGAAGAGAGGAGAGGGAAGAAGAAGAGAAGAGAGAAAGAGAAGAAGAGAAAGAGAACAAAGGAAGAGAGAGAAGAGAGAGGAAGAGAAGAGAGAAGAGGAAGAGAAAAAGAAAAGGGAGAGAAAAGAACGAAGGAAUGAUGAAGAAGGAAGAAGAAAAGAGAAGAGAUAUGGAUGAAGAAAGAGGGAGAAGAAGAUGAAGAGAAGGGAGGAAGAGGAAAGAAGAAGAGAAGGGAGAAUAGAGUUUUGUGAGAUGAAGAAGAGAAGAGAUGGAAGAAAAGAAUGA